AUGAUUCUCGGCUCGGUUUUCGGCGCCGUCGGAGUCGGGCUCCUCUCAACAUUAACUCCAGACUCUGGCCACGCAAAAUGGAUCGGAUAUCAAUGCAUCGCUGGCAUUGGCAUAGGUUUAGGGAUGCAACAGCCUUUGAUCGCAGUCCAGACUGUCCUCGACAUUUCUCUGGUUCCCAUCGGUACCUCCAUCGUCAUUUUCGUCCAAACCCUUGGGGGAGCGCUUUUCGUCUCCAUCGGUCAAAACGUCUUCUCCAACAAGCUCGUAGAAGGCCUCGCUAAGUACGCACCCAGCGUCGAUCCUCUCUCCGUCCUCAGAAUCGGAGCUACUUCCCUCCAGAGUUCGCCAGAUCUCAAUAAAGCCGACCUUCCAGGCGUCAUAAUGGCGUAUAACGGCGCGCUUACGCAGGCUUUCCUCGUGGCUGCUAUUAUGGCGGCGUUUACGAUUAUUGGAUCGGGCUGUGUUGAGUGGAAGAGCGUCAAGGGGAAGAAGAUUGAUACUGCAAUGGCAUAG